CGGAGGGAGGAGGAUGCAAAUAGGCUCGUGCUUGUUGAUCGUCAUGCUCCACUUGUCACUAAGUUUAUCACAGUGAGGCCUUUGGUACCUUGGUUUAGUGAAGAUAUUAGGGAGUCAAGGAGGGAAAGACGGAGAGCUGAAAGAAAAUGGCGUCGAUCUCGAAGUGUCCGUGAUUUGCUUGAAUUUAAAAAGAAGAGGAACUUUACAACCUACCUGAUGAAUGAAGCCCGUCGUAAGUUUUACUCACACUUUAUUGUUGAAAAUAACUCCAAUCAAAGGAACUUAUUCUCGGCAACAAAGAGGUUGUUAAAUCAAGGUCAUGAAGUACCUUUUCCAACAACUAGUGACAAGCUGGUUUUAGCCAAUGAAAUGGGUAGCUUCUUUGUUGAAAAGAUUGACGCCAUCCAUGUCAAACUGGAUAGACUAGCUGAUUGUUUGGAUGAUUCCCAUUUUGACUACGUGAAAACGUUAUCAACUAGAACACUGGACAGCUUUAUCCCUUUAACUGAAAGUGCAGUUAGUAAGUUGAUUGGCUGCUCUCCGAAGAAGAGCUGUAUGUUUGAUCCGAUGUCAAUACCUAUGGUGAUCAGCUGUGCUGAUGUGCUAUUACCGGUCAUUACUAAAAUGAUCAACCUGUCUCUUAAUUCUGGAGAAUUUGCGGAUGAUUGGAGAUGUGGGCUUAUUAAUCCUAUCUUGCAGAAACCUGGAUUGGAUUUGCUGUACAAAACUUACAGACCAGUUAGUAACUUACAAUACGUAUCCAAGUUGACUGAAAAAGUCGUUUUUAAUCAAGUUUACGAUCACAUGGUUUCAAAUGCUAUUGUUCCUGCGCUUUAGUCUUCUUACAGGCGAUUCCAUAGUACUGAAACUCCACUUAUCAAGGUGAUGAACGAUAUUUUGUUAAAGAUGAACUCUCAACAUGUCACUAUGUUUAAUUUUAUUGGAUCUCAGUGCUGCCUUUGACACUGUUGAUCAUCGAAUACUUUUGGAGAGGCUAUCUGACGAGGUUGGCAUACGUGGGACUGCUCUGAAAGCUGUUCAGAAAACGUUGCUGCGAUUUCUUUCUUAUAAACCCAUCUCGCAAGUAGCCCGAUUUCACCAGAUGUUCACCAGUUGUGAAAAAUUGAAGCCCCUCUAUGUGGUUAUAAGAUCGCAAAGUGGAUUAUAAGGGAGAAAAGCAAAUUAUACGUUUAAGCUAUCUAUCCUGUCAUGGAUUUUAGCCUUUAAAAUAUUGCGCGCAUUCAAUUUCUUGGCACGCAGCUAGCCCAAACGCCGUGGCGAGCGAAAUUAAUUCUAUUACAAUCAAAUAUCACCUGAUAAUAAGUAAAGAGCAAAGCAAAAAGAAAAGAAAUAAUAUUUGUAAAUAAUGUCAAAAGCAAAAAAGACAAUUGAGUUAAAUGCACGUUGUGAAGAAACUAACGUUGAGGAUUUCGAGAUUUUAUUUCUCGCUUUAUUAUGGUUGCAUUAAAUUAAUCAUCUUCGAAUGCAAAUAUGGCGGACCUCUCGGCCAGCCCGGGUCUAGUUGCGCGAAAGGGAGGCUAAUGAGGCCUCAAGAGUCUUGUUUUGACUGCGCGUCUUAGCGAUUGAGUCGAUCGAUAUGGUUUGCCUCGAGUUAUUGCGUGCUUGAGGGCCACCAAAAAGAAAAUUUUACUCUAGCUGGAAUAGCCUCUACUUUCCCGAGAUCUUUUCACAAAGAAAGUUAAGGAUUCAUGCGAUUCGGCGCGGCGAUGGGAAGCACUUUACAGCGAAAGUGUGUUCGCUUCACUUACUUUAGAAGAGAGGACUUAAGAGAUGGUGCUGUUCCAAGAUGUUUGCAUGGUCUGUUAUUUAUUCAACAAAGGUAAACAUUCUCGAGGACGGAAGCAUGCGCUGUUGACUGUAAAAUCUUUUAGAUUUCACGCUGAAAACAGCUGCAUUGAAAUAUAACAAUAAUGACGAGUAUGAAUGAGACACAAGAAUAACAAUCGCCUGUUAAUCCUACAAGCGUGGCCUAUGAAACUAUGUAAGAACCAGAAGAAAGCGACAUAUUUCAAACACAGUCCUUGAUCAAAGUGCACUGAAAAAACUGACAGAGGAACCGUUGGGAACUAAGAAAGUAAGAAGAAGGAAAAACGUUCUGUCAGAGAAAGAGCGAGCAAGUAUUCGAGCAUUGUAUUUGACCUUGCGCGUGAUCUAUUUUAGCAACUUGUCAAUUGGUUUCGAGAUAAACUAACAGCGAUUUUCCAAAAAAAUGCUUCUUUUAUGGCACUGCUCAAACUCGUGAACACAGGAUCGUGAAGACUGUGAAAACAUUCGGCCUCGUUGUCUGUCGUUGUGUCUCUGAGAACUCCUAAAGAUUGGUAAGUCGCGACGGCGGAUUCACCUGUUCUCGAAGAUGUUUACCUUUCCUUGGUAAGAGAACGGACAAAGCAAACUUGAAACAGAACCAUGAAUCUCUCCGUUAUUCGCCCAUUCUAAUAGUUUUGUGAGUCUUCUCUUCUGAAGUGAAGCGAGCACACUUUCGUUCUUUCAACUCCGUGAUAGUAAAGUGCCUCCAUUCGCCGCGCCGAAUCGCUUGAAUCCAUUUCUUUCUUCGUAAAGAACCUUGGCAAAGCGAAGAUAAUCAACUUUCGUUUCUGCUGGAGUUAAAUCGCCUCUUUGAUGGCUCUUAAGCACGUAACAACUCGAAGGAAACCGUAUUGAUCGACUCAAUCGCUAUGACGCGCAGUCAAAACAUAACUCUUGAGGCCUCACUGGCCUCGCUUUCGCGCAGCUAGACCCCGGCCGACCGAGAGAUCCGCCAUAUUUGCAUUCGGUGUAUGUUAUUUUAAUUUUAGAUCUUAACUAGCCUCCCCAGGGGGGUACUCCCUUAUAUAAGCUACAUUGUUAUGUGCCGCCCCAUCGGGUAGGGUUUUUGCGCUGUUUUGGUCUGAAAACGGGUAUACACUUUGCCUAUUUUGGUCUGGAAUCGGGUAUGUUUUUAAGGGAACUACGGGAGUGUAUGAACGUAUUUAUCGUUUCAAUUCCAAAUGCGUAAGAAACAAAGAAUAAUAUGCGAAUUCGCAAUGGAUUUGAAGAGUUUUUUGUUUGCGCUAUAAUCUUAGUAAUGAUAACAUAAUUUCUGCCUAAAGGCCAGGUCUGAAAACGGGUAUGGAUUUUACAGGUGUAGUCUGAAAACGGGUGUGGAAAAUUCCAUUUUUAGGUCUGAAAUAGGGUUAGGAUUUGGAGAACCGGGCGGCACACUCCUACCAAGANACCCCCCCCCCCCUCCCCUAGCAGGACCUCGGUAGUAUGGCCACUGUAUUGCCUUCAUAUAACAAGGAAAGGUUAAAACACUCAUGCGAUGUCCGUCAAGUUCUGUGUGCGUAAGUUCAUAAUAUUUUGGCCGACUCUUUUGCUUUUUGUUUUCGAUAAAUGUAGCCUGUGAACAGAGUCUCUUUCGAUCUUCCUAGACAAUUUAAGUCGGGAAGAAGCUGGAAGAGGAAGGAAACGCCAACAUCAUCGACAAUUCAUAUUGAGCAUGCUCCAAAUUCAAAUGGAACUUAGCCUUUCCUUCUCGGGAAUUCUCUCCAAAAAAUGAGGUGCAAAUAAGCUAUAAAUAUCUUUAAUUAUUGAUGUUUUUAUUAUAAAUCUAGAAAACCAUUAAAACAUGUUUGCAUAUGAAUUUCAAAUAGUGCCCGGGAAAUGGUAAAACUAGAAGUGUCAGAUACACCUGAAAUAUUAAAACCAUUGAUCAUUUAAAUACAACUUGGAUUCUGUAGCCUCACUCCCUAUUUUGAAUUAAUGUUAUGAACUAGGAGUAAUCGGAGCUUAGGAGAGUGCGUUCGAUACCGUGAAAUUCCGAAAAUAGGCCCCGGGGCUUACAUUUUUCAAAGGGCCUUGUUGAGGGGCUUAUUUUUGGAGAGGCUUAUCUACAGAGGGAAAUUUGCGUUUCAAAAUAGAUUGGACUAACCUUAUAGUUAGAGGUAAAUUUGCCAUUUUCGCUUUGUUUUACUUUGUAUUUGACGGCAAUUUUCCAAGUACAAGCCCACGGGGGGCUUAUGUUUGGAGGGGCGAUUUAACUGAGGGUUUUUUGCGUUACGAGUUUGGGGCAGCUUAUAUUUGGAGGGGCUUAUACGUGGAGGGGCUUAUUUUCGGAAUUUUACGGUAUGUUUGCUAGGCGUACAGGUGGCAGUUGAAGGGAAAGAGUGGAUGGUUCUUGCGAUAGAUAACUAUGAUUAUGGCAUAUUUUGAACUUAAGGGUUGCCUACAGCGAAACCUCGAUUUAAACCGUGUAUGAUAAAUGAAAAGGUUUUGAAGGCUAAUGAUCAGCGUGAUAUCGUAUGGUUCGUCUCAAGUGCUGGUUAUUUGAGGAGACACUGACCAGAGUGCUUCGGGCGUGUAAAAAGAACUUUUUGUUUUACUGGCGCAAUAGAUAUUCUACAAGCUUCUACAGGGCGCAGUUGUUCGAAGGCCGAUCAGCGCUUAACCCUGGUUUCUUUUCCUUUCGUUAAAAAACAUUUCUUUGGAUAAUUUUCUCAGUUAUUUUUAAGAGCGUCCAAUCAUCAACUUGUUGGCAAAAUGAAGCUUUCACAUCUGAGUUCAAAUUUCGCAUUAAACCUCCUCGCCUGGGUUAUCUUAACUCAGCUUUGAACAACCCGGCCCAGGUACUGUUAAAAAGCAAAUAGUUGACAAAGUUUUAGAUGUAAUCAUUAAUUUUAUUUAAUAUUGGGAAUUCCACAUGAAGACAAUUACUGAAAUUUACUUUAAAAUGCCGGAAACCGUUACUGGCAAGUCUUCUUAACUUGUGAUGAUAUUAAAGAACGACCCAAGACCACAUUUUUGUGGUGAAUGCCGGGGCACAAUGAUUGUGUUCGAACACUGGUUCAAUUACACUACAACUCUCAAUUUCACACCUUUCAAGGGAAUCAAAGCUUUCAGCGGAAUGUGCGUGCGGCUCACGUCAAUAACUUUUCCAGUAAUUUGGUUGAGUGUAUUGAUUUCAGUGGCUUGAGUGGCGCUACUGUGGGCUGGUCACGUUUUUCCGAAUAAAUAACAUAGAGCUAAAAUGUUCGUUUGUCCAGUGCCGAAAUUAAAUGGUGCCGCCGAGCUUCACAUCCCGGCAGAUUUUCUUUGUGGAAUAACCGCCGCCGAGCUACACAACUUGGUAGAUUUACUCUGUGGCACUAUGGCCGCCUAGCUACACAACUCAGUAGAUUUACUUUGUGGCACAACAGACGCUGAGCUUCACAACUCGCCGGUAAAUUCACNUUUUACUGGCGCAAUAGAUAUUCUACAAGCUUCUACAGGGCGCAGUUGUUCGAAGGCCGAUCAGCGCUUAACCCUGGUUUCUUUUCCUUUCGUUAAAAAACAUUUCUUUGGAUAAUUUUCUCAGUUAUUUUUAAGAGCGUCCAAUCAUCAACUUGUUGGCAAAAUGAAGCUUUCACAUCUGAGUUCAAAUUUCGCAUUAAACCUCCUCGCCUGGGUUAUCUUAACUCAGCUUUGAACAACCCGGCCCAGGUACUGUUAAAAAGCAAAUAGUUGACAAAGUUUUAGAUGUAAUCAUUAAUUUUAUUUAAUAUUGGGAAUUCCACAUGAAGACAAUUACUGAAAUUUACUUUAAAAUGCCGGAAACCGUUACUGGCAAGUCUUCUUAACUUGUGAUGAUAUUAAAGAACGACCCAAGACCACAUUUUUGUGGUGAAUGCCGGGGCACAAUGAUUGUGUUCGAACACUGGUUCAAUUACACUACAACUCUCAAUUUCACACCUUUCAAGGGAAUCAAAGCUUUCAGCGGAAUGUGCGUGCGGCUCACGUCAAUAACUUUUCCAGUAAUUUGGUUGAGUGUAUUGAUUUCAGUGGCUUGAGUGGCGCUACUGUGGGCUGGUCACGUUUUUCCGAAUAAAUAACAUAGAGCUAAAAUGUUCGUUUGUCCAGUGCCGAAAUUAAAUGGUGCCGCCGAGCUUCACAUCCCGGCAGAUUUUCUUUGUGGAAUAACCGCCGCCGAGCUACACAACUUGGUAGAUUUACUCUGUGGCACUAUGGCCGCCUAG